UCACUCCUGUGCCAGUAAGAAGGAUCUCCAUGAAUCCAGUUGUGGUCUUGGUACUCAGUCUUGCAUUUCUUCUUCUCCUCUCAUUGUGGAGACAGAGCUCUGGAAGAGGAAAGCUCCCUCCUGGCCCAACUCCUCUGCCAAUUAUUGGCAAUUUUCUCCAGAUUGAUUUGAAUGACACCUCCCAAUCCUUAGCCCAUUUUUCUAAAACCUAUGGCCCAGUGUUCACAGUGUAUUUCGGCUCACAACCUACUGUGGUAUUGCAUGGCUAUAAGGCAGUGAAAGAAGCCCUCAUUGAUCAUGGGGAAGAUUUCUCUGAAAGAGGAAGGUUCCCAAUUUUUGAUAAGGUUUCUAAAGGCCACGCAGUAAGAGCGAACUGAGAGAGCUGAAACACUUUUCUUCCAUGGGCUCUCAUGAGCUACCCCCGGAAAGAGAGAACUAAAAGAGCCGAUAACACUCUCUCGCUUUUGGAGACUGGGACGGAGGUCCCACUCCGCCGAAGGCUGCCGUGGAGCAGGAGCCCCGCUGUCCCGCCGGCUGCCGAAGGCUCUGGGCUGGCUCGGCCGGCGCCUUCCACGCCCCCAACCUCAGAGUCUGUCCGCCGGCCCCCCAUGGGCCAGGCCUGGAGCGGACGCCAGCCACUGACCUUGGUACCCUACGACGGUUCCAUCAGCCGCUCUUCCGGGUCUUGUUGCACUUCUGCUCGUGCAGGCACGCCAGCCUGCGAUCCCUAGGCACGAGCAGUGCCCGACAGCAGUUGGUGUUAUAUCUUAAGAAGUACACACACACAUACACACACACACACACACACACAUAUAUAUGAAUCAUUAAUGAAGAAAGACAACAUACACCAAAAAAAAAAAAUCAAUAUUAUACAUGAGUUUUAAGAGCCCCAUUUUCAACAAACCUGACAAAACAAGACCACUGUUAUAAUAACUUGAGUAUUCUGGGUGUAGCCAACCACUUUCCUAGUGGAUUUAAGGCCCUAUACCUAUAUACAGGUUAGGACUCAUACCUAGAACUAUUUCUAGUGGCAAGAUCCAUAGAUACUGUGAAAGAGCCAGUUACUACUAUUUUUACAAAACAUAGUACUUAACAGAUGCCUAAAGAAACAAAUUAAUUUUAUUUAAACAAACAAACAAACAACAACAACAAACAUUGAAUGACAACUCAGUGACUCACAACCAUUCCAGUUAAAAAGACUAAGAAAUCGCAGAGUUUUUAGUUCUGAGUGGGACUUUUUUUUCACAUCCUCACUUUCCAACAUGCAGGAAUUACUGCAAAAUGGGAGGCCAAAAUGAUUACAAGAACCAAAGGUGAUGGAGGACUUCAAGGAAAUAAUGUUAUCAGAAAAAAAGAGACAAUAGCAUAUAUGAACUCAUAAUUUUGACAGAAAGUACAAGGCAAAUGUCGUUAAAGUUAGACAAAAUGAGAGCAAGUAUGUGUACAAUGAGGGUGAUUGCACUCUGUCACCACUAGCUGAGGAGCUCCUGGUAAUUGAUAGCUUCCAGAAAUAGUAUAAUUGGUUUUCUUUAAAGGUAUAUCCUUUAUUAGAUAAAACACUACAUACUCAAGAAUAUGUAUUGAUCUUGACGGGUUAAAAAAAUGAGAAUGGAAAGUUGGCGGUUCUCAAAUGAAGGGUUGAUAUGUGAGAAGUCAAAGCAGGUAUGAAUGUGAUCAAAAUGUGUUGUAUAAAAUUCAAAGAAUUAACAAAAUCAUUAUAAAGGAACCACCUCUUGCAGGGAUUUAUUUCUUGCAUUAUUGGUGUACAGCAGCCACUGGAAACAAAGAUAAACUGAGAAGAACAACCAUUGUUUUCAUGUGUAAAAUGGUGCUGUUGUUAAAGAAAUAUACAUAAUGCAUUUAUUGAAAAUAAAGUGUGUGAAUUUGAGUGAAUAAAGAGCAAUGUGUAUCAUCCAGAAAGUACUGCUUACUGUGUUGUAGACUACAAAGAGUCUGGGUCACUGAAAUUCUACAGAUUAUAAAAGCAAACAUUUCUAUACUCCAUGCAAUAAAAAAGUGAUGACAAUAUUGA